UAUAUUUCCAAUUUGCUGUCAAAACAUUAUUAUCGAUCAAUUUGAAAUUGAUACAGAGCUGAGAGCAUCAAGGAAUAGAAUAGAAGAUUCAUUUUUCCAUUUUGAUAUGGAAGCUGAUGUUUCUAUUAUUUUUGCCGCGUUUUCAAAACCCUAAAUUGAAGAAAUCCCAAUUUCCCCUCCUCUCUCUCUGCUUUGGAUGAUUUUCAACCAAAAAUCUGUGCUUUUGUGCUUUUCGAAUCUUUUGCUCUGAUGGGUACUUCCAAUCUUCUAUUGUUCUUCUCUCUGGUGAGUCUGUGUGCUAUGGCGGCUUCCAAGGUGGUUCUUAUUGGGAAUAAUAUCACUCUCUCCUUCGAUGAUAUUGAAGCUAAUUUUGCCCCAACAGUCAAAGGUUCUGGAGAAUAUGGGAUCUUAUAUUUGGCAGAACCACUGGAUGCAUGUACAGAAUUGACAAAUAAAGUUGAACAACUUCCCAAUGCGAGUUCACCUUUUGCUUUGGUGGUUAGAGGGGGAUGUAGCUUUGAGGAAAAAGUCAGAAGGGCACAAAAGGCUGGCUUCAAAGCUGUAAUUGUCUAUGACAAUGAAGAUGGUGGCAUCUUGGUUGCGAUGGCAGGAAAUUCUGCUGGUAUAAAAAUACACGCUGUAUUUGUAUCUAAAGCUUCAGGUGAAAUACUAAGCAAAUAUGCUGGGUUGACUAAUGUGGAAAUAUGGCUCAUUCCAACUUUUGAAAACUCAGCGUGGUCUAUCAUGGCAAUUUCAUUUAUUUCCCUGCUAGCUAUGUCUGCGGUGCUGGCCACUUGUUUCUUCGUCCGCAGGCAUCGCAUAAGAAGAGAAAGGCCUCGAGCUCCUCUUGUUCGUGAAUUUCAUGGUAUGAGUAGUCGCCUAGUGAAAGCAAUGCCAAGUUUGAUAUUUACUGCUGUUUUGGAAGAUAACUGUACAUCAAGAACAUGUGCUAUAUGCCUUGAAGACUAUUGUGUUGGUGAGAAGCUCAGGAUUCUGCCCUGCUGUCACAAGUUUCAUGCUGCCUGUGUGGAUUCGUGGCUUACUUCAUGGAGAACCUUUUGUCCAGUUUGCAAGCGUGAUGCUAGAUCCGGCUUAACUGAUCCACCACCUUCAGAAUCCACACCCUUGCUCUCAUCAACCCCAGCAUCUAUGGCAUCGUCUGUCUUAUCUUCUGCAAGAUCAUCGCUAGCUUCAUCUUCAGCCAUACAAAUUGCCCGGACAGCAUCUAUGGCAUCCUCUGCCUUACCUUCUGCGAGAUCAUCCCUAGCUUCCUCUUCGGCAAUACAAAUUGCCUGGGCAGCUUCACAGACCCCAUCUGUUUCUCGUAACCACUCCAUAGCCAGUACACCUUAUGUUCAGCCAUCUCUUAGGUCCUCCUACCAUCAAUCCCCCUCCCUAAGUAUCAGCCGAAGCUCCGUAGAUCUUAGGAAUGCAUCCCAAAGAUCUCUAGCUUCUCACUUGAAUUCACCACGUUCCAUGGGAUACCCGUCUUUGUCAUCUCUUAACUCGCGGUACAUGUCUCCACACAUUCCAAGUCCAAGCAAUGCUUCGGUGAGCUAUAUGGGCUCAUCCAGUCAUCAACAACAUCCUCUCCGCUAUAGUGAGUCAGCUGCAAGCUUCUCCCCAUUUGCAUCGACACACUCCCUUCCGGAAUGUUAAAUUGUUCAAUUGAUUAUAUCAUAUGAUUGAGACACGUCCAUGCAGUUGAACCAGUAAUUGCCAAGUCUUGAACUAAAAGGUGACCAUGGAUGACUGGUCGAUAUUUGGGCGUAGCAUUUCCUCCUUUGUCUCCUCUGGCAUUUGACUUCCUUCUUGGCACCUGGUGUACAUUGUAGCUUCUCUGUGGUGUUAGUUUCAUUUUUACAUGUGCUGGUUGGCGAGCUUGCAUACAGUCACUAGUGUGUAUUGUUUGUACUUUGGAUAUUGAUGUUUUCAUGGCCUUGAUGUCAAAGUAUAGUCAACUGCUAACAAGAGAAAUGUUGGGCUGAAGUAAGAAGAGUUCUUUAAGUUCUUUCUAGUCAUGAGAGAUCAUGUGAUGUGAUACUCUAGUGUUAUCUAUACUUGAUCAUCUAAUUGCAAAAGUGAGUAAUAAUACUUGUAAAAUUUUCGUAGCUUGCAUUGCUAAUAGAUUAUCAGUUUUAAACCAUGGGGGCAAAUUAGGUAUCCUAUUUGAUCUGUGGAAAAUUCAUCAUAUAUAGAUACUUGUAAAUUGAAUUUUCUAGAGAGUGCGUGAAA